UAAAAUCGAAGAAAAACAAUCUGAAGAAAGAAAAGAAGAAGCAGAAAUGGAUUGUCCGUCGCAUCAUCCCCCGCCUCCGCCUGAUGAGUUGUUCGACAUUGACACUACAGUUGAUCCUACCUAUGUAAUCUCACUGAUACGCAAACUCCUUCCAGUAGAUUCUGGUAGUGGUCAAAGCACUCAGGUAAAGCAUAAUCCUCGUAUGGAUCCCAACAAUCUUGUUCAAGGUGUUGUAGAGAGCAUGGACAUUGGUGAUAACCAUAACGAAUCCACUUCUCAGGAGAAGGACAAGGCAUGGGAAGAUCAUGGUUGCGUUUUGUGGGAUCUUGCCGCCAGUACAAACCAUGCUGAGCUUAUGGUACAGAACCUAAUUUUACAAGUGCUUCACGCAAACCUUCUGGUGACAACAUCUUCCCGCAUUCGAGAAAUAUGUCUCGGGAUUAUAGGGAACCUUGCUUGCCACGAAGGUCUGCUGAAACACAUUGAGUCUACAUCUGGACUAGUCAAUAUACUUGUGGGGCAGUUGUUUCUUGAUGACACUCAAUGCCUAUGUGAAGUUUGCAGGAUACUCACCACAGGUCUCUAUGGAGCUGAAAGCACUUUAUGGGCCGAGUGUUUGCAGUCUGAUGACAUACUUCGCCGUGUUUUGUGGAUUGCGGAAAACACCUUGAAUCCUCAUCUUAUCGAAAAGAGUGUAGGGCUAUUAUUAGGUAUCUUAGAAGGUGAAUCAGAGGUUGGGAAGCUAUUGAUCCCUCCACUAAUGACUCUAGGUUUGACGAGUCUCUUGAUCAAUCUUCUUUCCUUCGAAAUGAGCAAGUUGGUCAAAGAAAGAAUUCCAGAAAGGUAUUCUGUUCUUGAAAUGAUUCUCCGAGCUAUUGAAGCCCUUUCUGCUUCAGAUAGUCAUUCUAAAGAUAUUUGCUCUAGCAAAGAACUUUUUCACUUAGUCUGUGGUCUUAUGAAACUUCAGGACAAAGCCGAGGUGGCAACAUGUUGUGUUACUGCAGGAGUUUUAAUCGCAAAUAUUUUGUCGGAAACAUUCAGCUUCAUUCCAGAAGUAUCCCAAGAUUUUUCUUUCUUGGAAGGUUUAUUCAGUACUUUACCAUUUGCUUCGGAUGACUUAGAAGCAAGAAGAGCUCUUUGGAGUGUUGUUGCGAGGUUACUUGCCAGAGUCAAUGAGUCUGAGAUAGACACAUUCACCUUGAAACAGUACAUACUAGUUUUGCUAAGCAACUCGGAUAUUAUAGAAGAUGAUCUUCUCAUUAUGCAACUAGAAGACUCAUUCCCUUCCCAUAGCUCGCGAACAAUUGCUAUACAAAAGAUCGAGUCUAUGUUGAACAAUUGGAAUAUUCGCAAGGGGACUCUGCGGGAGGAAAACAUGAAUGGGGACUGCUCUGUAAACACAGCUGAUGUUAAAAGGCUAUAUGAUUGCUGUCAAAGAUAUAUAUCAAAAUCUAUUGAAGGGUCUACCUUUCAUGGUUAGUCUAAGGCAUCAUCACAGAUUGACAUGAAGUGGCAAGGUUUAAGAAGUCACCGACCAAGUGGGCUUUUAAACAGACAUUCAGGUUAACUUGCCUGUGUUUCUCAUAUUACAUUGUCUGAUAAAUGUAAACCAGAGAAGGGAGACUUAAGAAAUUAUCUCUAGAUAUAAAUCUUGAUUAUGUCUUGAAAUCCAAAUGUGCAAAACAACAUCACAUAGUGGAAGUAACAAUCUUAAACCAUAGUCAAAACCAACAAUCAUAUUGAGAAGAAAGCAGAGAGAGGUGGAUCAUUAGGAGAUGAGAGAGAUGCCAGAGACUAAAAGAUUGUCUGAGAGAAUCUUGUUAGCAGCUUCUGUUGGAUGAAACCCGUCCCAAAACACAUACUCAGUUGCAUUAGUACAUGUCCCUACUGAUUUAGGAUUACACAGUAUCGAUGUCUCUAGUAAUCCUGUUCCACAACAUGCUCUUCUUGCCUCUGCAAAUCCUGAACAAUUACAUAAAAACACAACAAAAAUGUUAAAUCAUGAUAAUAAUACCACAGCAUUUUAAUGCUUGUAAAAUUUUAA